UUCCACGGAGUUCGGGUUCGUCUACCUCGCGCGCCUCGAUGAUACAUCCGGUCAACGAUCAAUCAACGGACAACGACUAGACCUUCACAUCCAUCAUCAAUGGCGGCGAGGCUCACAUCCAUCAUCCAUGGUGGUGGGGGCGGGCGGGUCAGUGAUUGCAGCCGCCUACAUAGACGAACGAACCGGUCGCCGUCGCCGUCCAUGCUAGUCCACGGCCGGGGGCCGCCAUGUCCGCGCGCCGCCUCGCCGCGACGUUCUUGCUCGCCGCCGCCGCCACCCUGUCGCUGGCAUGCGUGCCGGAGGAGCGCGACGCGCUGCUGGCGUUCAGGGACGGCGUCACCGGCGACCCCGCGGGGCGCCUCGCCACGUGGCGGCGUCGGGGAGGAGGCGGCGACUGCUGCCGGUGGCGUGGCGUCCGGUGCAGCAACCGGACGAACGGGCACGUGGUGGCGCUCCGCCUCCGCAACGACGCCGCCGCCGCCGCAGGCGGCGGCGGCGCGGAGCACGACGACCGAGGGUACUACGCCGGCGGCGCGGCGCUCGUCGGCGCGAUCAGCCCGGCGCUCCUCUCCCUCCGCCGGCUGCGCCACCUCGACCUCAGCCGUAACUACCUCCAGGGCUCGCCGCCGGGCCCGCCGCCGGCGUUCCUGGGCGGGCUCGCGAGCCUCCGCUACCUCAACCUCUCCGGCAUCUACUUCUCCGGCGAGGUCCCACCCCACCUCGGGAACCUCUCGAGCCUCCGCUACCUCGACCUCUCCACCGAUUUCUCCCCGCAGCUCGCGCGCUCGUCGGAGCUCUCAUGGCUCGCCCGCAUGCCAUCGCUGCGCCACCUGAGCUUGAGCUCGGUCGACCUGAGCAGCGCGCGAGACUGGCCUCUCGCCAUCGCCAUGCUCCCAUCCCUCACAGCCCUCCACCUCUCCUCCUGCUCGCUCCCGAGCUCGAGCACGCAACAAUGGCGGCGGCUUCUUCCUCGCAACCUCACCAACCUCAAGUUGCUCGACCUCUCCAUGAACCACCUCGACCACCGAGCCGAGCUCGCCUGGAUCUGGAACAUCACGAGCCUCACCGACCUGAACCUGAUGGGGACCCACCUGCACGGCCAGAUCCCCGACGAGCUGGACGCCAUGGCAUCCCUCCAGGUUCUUGAUCUCUCCUACAAUGGCAACAGGGCCACCAUGCCAAGAAGCCUGAGAGGCCUCUGCAAUCUGAGGGUGCUAGAUCUCGAUUCGGCCCUCGACGGCGGCGACAUCGGCGAGCUGAUGCAGAGGCUGCCGCAGCAGUGUUCAUCAUCAAACAUGUUGCAGGAAUUGUACCUGCCAAACAAUGGUAUGACAAGAACCUUGCCGGAUUAUGACAAACUGAUGCAUCUGACCGGGUUGCGCGUUCUUGAUCUCUCUUAUAACAAUCUCACUGGUCCGAUACCGCGGUCGAUGGGGAAUUUGUCAGGUUUGGACAUUCUUGAUCUGUCUUUCAAUAACCUCACCGGAUUGAUACCGGCAGGAGAAGGGUGUUUUGCAGGUUUGAGCACCCUUGUGUUGUCUGAAAAUUUCCUCACUGGACAAAUCCCUGAAGAAAUUGGGUAUCUUGGUAGCUUAACCACACUAGACCUCUAUGGUAACCACCUCAGUGGACAUGUUCCUUCCGAGAUCGAUUGGCGAGGUUAACGACGAUAGACUUGUCUCUGAAUCCCCUCAAGAUUGAGGUGGGUUCAGAGUGGAAGCCUCCCUUCAGUCUCGAGAAAGUGAAUUUUUCGCAUUGCGCAAUGGGUCCUUUGUUUCCUGCAUGGCUUCAGUGGCAGGUGGAUUUCUCCUGCCUUGAUAUCUCAAGCACAGGUAUAAAUGAUACGCUUCCGGAUUGGCUCAGCACUGCAUUUCCAAAGAUGGCAGUUUUGGAUA